AUUUUGGACAGGUGCGUCAGCGUUGGCAGCUCAGCAGAACUUUGCUUCUCUUUCACCUACUCUGCCAAGCAUCCUCUCAAACUCAGGUGGUGUGUGCUUGAUUUUGUGCGUGUGGGAUUGGUUGAGGUUGGCUGAAGGAGGGAGGGGGCUGCACACACGGCAGCCAUCACUCUGCACGUUGUCCAAAUGGCGUGCAAGGGGAUCUGUAGUGAGAGCAGGUCUUAAAUUGGAAGGUUUUGAAAAGAGUGGGAAACAUAAGAUUGUGAAGACUGCAUGAAAGAAGUGACUGAUGUGUGCAUGUGUGCGUAACAGCGCCACCAAGUGGGAGAAAGAAAAAUGUUUCCCAAGCUUUUUGGGAAAAAACUUUUUUUCUUUGAAUUCAUACAUGCAAUACUUGUUUUGCAUUCUAAAGCAGACAGUAGUAGCACGCUUGGCGUAAAUACUGUAUCUCGGCUGCUACUUUCAUGUCUGCUUGUUUAUGAUUUGAAAACACUAGCAGCAUGUGGCACAGUGUUUAUGUUCUUGUUCUCUAUGAGCUUUAAUCGGUGUGUCAUUGUUCUGUUCUGUGCUGAACCAGCAACCUUCAUAAUAAGAAUGUCAGUGUCAGAACACACAGUUCAUGUAAAAACAGAUCCCUGACGGCACCACCCUCUCAGCGGUCAUGGGACUAAUGAAACCAUAAAAGUCUAAGGAUGUAGGGAGAGGAGAACAACCCAAAAAGGUCACCAACGGUCAGUUCAGUAAGGAAAAAAACCCCAGAAUGGUUGGAGAAAAAUGUUAAUAAUGAUAAUUAAUAAUAAUAAUUUGAAACUUAUUAAUGUUGCAUUGUGUCAACAGCAGUCUGUUGCAACAGGCUGCCCCUUGGAGGAAUGAGGUUGUCUGUUAAAGUUAGUCGUAAAACUGCAAGUUAAAAAUGCACACUUCACCUUUAGGGACAAAUGACAAUUUUUAGUUGUACCUGGAGUUAUAAAUGUACUAAUUAAGCUUAUCUUUCUUAAAACAAAGGGAUUCCUCUGGAAACUAACAGAAAGGAAACUUUCCAGUAACACUUCUUAUAUGUUCUACAGAAAACUCCAAAUCUAGGUUUUUGACAGUUUAUACCUCAAGACAAACGACAUCCUGUAAAAGACGUGAGUAAUCUGAAAACUAAUCUGUUUUUGUUACAGUCGUAACCUGCAUGUCAACCUGCCACCACUUCACCUCAACACUUCACCCUCAUUUUCACUGUAUCUUCAGGUCAUGAGCUCUGGAAGCGUUUCUCUAUAAAUAUAUGACUCUCAAUAAUCCUAAAAUAUAUUUGCAUUUGCUAAUGAAUAUACCAGUGUCCAAAAGAGUGAAGCAGAACCCAACAGUUCUGCAAACAAAAAAAAGAAACUCUGGUAAAACUGGUUUACAAUACAUAAUAUUCUUUGCUCUAUUUAUCUCUAACACACAUUACAUGGCACUGUUCUGUCUUGAGGGUUAGCCAAAGGGAGUUUGCAUAUGCACAGCACACAAUAAAGAUGGAAAAUUGUGAAUUUGUGGGACUGUGAGGUACAGAACUAUUCAGAUCAAGACGUCUAAAAGUCAACAUCACCAUUUUAGGGUUCACUAUUCUGGAUCUCAGAUGUUAAAUGUUGAGCCACUCACCAACUUUGUGUGUUCUAGCACCAAGUUCUCCAGGCAUCGAUCUCAAACAGUAUCCUCUGCUGUGGUUUAUCCACUGUUUUCAUCUGAAUAGAAAUAGAAAUAACCAUAAAAAAUAUUGCAAAUAUUUUUUUUAAAUAUAUGUUUCUUUAUAAUUUAUUUUUUCUUCAAUAGGUUGUAACAGUAUUUAGCUUUUUUAACAACACCUAAUUGCUGAAAAUACCAGAAAUAACUGCCAAUAGCUGAGGGCCACCUUAGGUUUUUAACCAAUGACCUGUCAGCAAUGCUUAGCCUAGGUGUUGUCUUCAUAAUUAGCUUCUCUACUCCUCUCAGAUGACUCGAGCCUUCUGCUGUCUGCGCAGGUCUCUGGCACAUCGCGGGCUUCAUAGACACUGGACCUGAAGGCCGAGGUCCAAGGAGGAAUAUGGAAACGGUUACCAAAAAUGCUAAAACCAACCCUGCGGCCACCGCGGGGUAUUUGUCCAAGUUUUUUUUCUGGUGGCUCAAUCCUUUUUUUCGCAUCGCCAAUCAACACACGCUGGAAGAGCAGGAUAUGUAUGAAGUUCUUGUGGAGGACAAGUCAGAAGUACUUGGUCAGGCCAUGCAGCGAUGCUGGGAUUAUGAGCUGCAUUUGGCUAAAAAAGAAAUGAAGACUCCUAGUCUCAGAAGAGUCAUUGCCAAAUCUAUCUGGAAAGCUAAUACAUUGCUAGUAUUUGUUGCCAUAUUUGAGGAAAUGCUAAAGACUAUCCAGCCAAUUUUCCUGGGAAAGAUUGUUGAGUAUUUUGAAAAUUACGACCCAAAUGAUAAGGAGGCUUAUCAUGAGGUCCUCGGUUACGGGGCUGUACUGUCCCUCUGUAGCGUUAUUGUUGGAGUGGUCCAUCACCAGUACUUCUUCCACCUUCAAAGGCAAGGCUGGAGGCUCAGAGUGGCCAUGUGUCACUUAAUCUAUAAAAAGGCACUGCGUCUCAGCAAUUCAGCCAUGAUGAAGACCACUGUGGGCCAGAUUGUCAACCUUCUUUCCAAUGACGUCAACAGGUUUGAUGAAGUAUCAGUCUUCGUGCACUCUCUGUAUAUUGCACCCAUCCAGUUGGUUGUUGUUUUAACACUGCUGUGGUUCAGGAUUGGUCCCUCUUGCUUGGCAGGACUGGCAGUCAUUUUAAUCCUGAUCCCCAUGCAGUCCAUGUUUGGAAAACUCUUUGCCAAAUUCAGGAGCUCAGCAGCAUUUCUGACUGACAUCAGAAUGCGUACAAUGAAUGAAGUAGUAUCUGGAAUCCGAAUCAUAAAGAUGUACGCAUGGGAGAAACCUUUUGCUGCUAUGGUCUCUGACAUUAGAAGGCAGGAGAUCUCCAGCAUCUUGCAAACUGCUUUUUUGCAAGGAAUAAACCUGGCCUUGUUCCACAGCACCAGCAAGCUCCUUUAUUUUUUCACCUUUACUACCUACGUUCUCCUGGGAAACAUAAUCACAGCCUCUGCGGUGUUUGUGACAACAUCACUCUACUCCUGUAUUCGACUGUCUCUCACACUCUUCUUUCCCCUAGCUGUUGCCAAUAUAUUUGAGAGCCUGGUCAGCAUCGACAGGAUUCAGGAGUUCUUGAUGCUGGAUGAGGUUAAAAAACAUUGUGAAGCUCUGCCACCCACUGAGAAGACAGAUGCUUGUGUAGAAGUCCAGGACCUUAUCUGCUUCUGGGACCAGACUGUAGAUACUCCAUCUCUGCAGGAUGUCUCCUUCAGUCUGAGCUCUAAUAAGCUGUUAGCUGUAAUUGGUCCAGUCGGAGCUGGAAAGUCCUCUCUGUUAUGUGCCAUCCUCGGUGAACUGCCUGUUGAAAAGGGCACAUUGAGGGUCACCGGUAAGCUGACCUACGCUUCCCAGCAGCCCUGGGUUUUCUCUGGAACCAUCCGUAGUAACAUCUUGUUUGGAAGAGAACUGGACCCAGAGAAGUACGAGAGGGUUCUUAAAGCCUGUGCUCUGAAGAGGGACCUGGAGCUGCUUCCUGAUGGAGACCUCACAUUAGUUGGAGACCGCGGUGUCACACUUAGUGGUGGUCAGAAAGCACGUGUCAACCUGGCAAGAGCUGUUUAUGAGGAUGCAGAUCUCUACCUCCUGGAUGAUCCUUUAAGUGCUGUUGAUGCUGAGGUUGGGAGACACAUCUUUGAACAGUGUAUCUGUGGUCUUCUGAAGGAAAAAGCCUGUGUCCUGGUUACCCACCAACUGCAUUACUUGAAUGCAGCAGAUGAAAUUCUGGUUCUUAAUGAGGGUUACAUGGUGACAAAGGGAACGUACACAGAGCUACAGAAGUCAGGAUUGGACUUCACCUCUUUACUGAAGAAAGAGGUGGAUGAAGAGCGACAGCAGCCCCCUACAGGUGGGCUCCAAAGAUCGCCAUCUAAGAAAUCCUCACGCUCACAGUCCUUUUCUACCCAGUGCCUAAAAGAUGAUGACCAGUUACCAGUGAAGAAUGUGCCCAGGCUGGCAGAGGAGAGCCGAGCACAGGGAACUGUUCCAGCAAGUCUGUAUGUGAAAUAUUUAACAGCUGGAACAGGUGUUAUAUGGAUAACUGUGGUCCUUGUGAUGGGUGUUUGUGUUGAGGUAACGUUUCUACUGCAGGACUGGUGGCUAGCUUACUGGUCUGAUCAGCAAGCAAAGCUAAUGAUCAACAGCACUGUGAUAGAAAAUUCACAAAACAUGACAGCACAGCUUGACAGAGACUUUUAUCUGGGCAUUUAUGCAGGUCUCACUGCAGCAACCGUCUUCUUUAGCUUUGCCAGGUCUUUACUACUCUUCUAUUUGUUGAUAAUGAGUGCAAAGAUUCUACACAACCAAAUGUUCGACACUGUGCUCAGAGCUCCUGUACGUUUCUUUGACACCAAUCCUGUUGGGCGAAUUCUGAACAGGUUUUCAAAGGAUAUUGGAGUGUUGGAUUCAAACCUGGCAUUUACCUUUUCAGACUUCAAGCAGUUGUCCCUGAAUGUGUUUGGGAUCGUUCUUCUAACAGCAUCCAUGAACCCUUGGCUGUUCAUCCCAGUUGUUAUUCUUACAGCUGUCUUCUUCCUUCUCCGCCGGUACUACAUACAGACCUCCAGGGACGUCAAACGCCUUGAAGGCACCACUCGCAGUCCAGUCUUUUCCCAUGUUUCUUCUUCCCUAAAUGGUCUGUGGACAAUCAGAGCCUUUGGAGCAGAAGAAAAGUUCCAGAAUAUGUUUGAUAUCUGUCAGGACCUCCACUCAGAAGCCUGGUUCCUGUUCCUGACCACCUCCCGCUGGUUUUCCCAGCGUCUGGACAUCCUCAGUGCCCUCUUUGUUUUAUUUGUUACCUUUGGCCUCCUAUUACUUAGAAGCCAGGUGGGUGCUGGCUCUGUUGGUUUGGCUCUCACCUACUGCAUCUCACUGGUCUCUGUAUUCCAGUGGGUGGUCAGGCAGAGCGCAGAACUUGAAAGCAUGAUGACAUCAUUAGAGAGAGUCGUGGCGUUCACUGAAUUGGAUAAUGAAGCACCCUGGGAAACAGAGAAACGUCCUCCUCCCGAUUGGCCCAGAAAAGGCAUGAUAACCUUUGACCAGGUCAACUUUGCCUAUGGCAGUGAUGGACCGCUGGUGCUGAAGGACUUGAACGUUAUGUUCAGACCUAAUGAAAAGGUUGGUAUUGUUGGGAGAACAGGUGCUGGGAAAAGCUCCCUGACAUCAGCUCUCUUUCGUCUCUCGGAGCCAGAGGGAAACAUCUACAUCGAUGGAGUUCUGAUCUCUGACAUUGGCCUCCACGAUCUUCGCCAGAAAAUAACCAUCAUUCCACAGGACCCAAUGCUGUUUAGUGGCUCAAUGAGGAAGAACCUGGACCCUUUUGACCAACACACAGAUGAAGAACUGUGGGAUGUUCUAGAAGAGGUUCAGCUGAAGCCUGUGGUGGAGGAACUACAUGGAAAGAUGGACACAGUUCUGUCAGAGUCAGGCUCCAACUUCAGUGUGGGUCAGAGACAGCUGGUCUGUCUGGCCAGAGCUCUCCUGAGGAAGAACCGCAUCCUGAUCAUUGAUGAGGCUACGGCCAACGUGGACCUCAGAACAGAUGAACUGAUCCAGAAGACAAUCAGAGACAAGUUCAAGGACUGCACCGUCCUCACCAUCGCUCAUCGUCUCAACACCAUCAUAGACAGUGAUCGUAUCCUGGUUCUGGAUGCAGGAAGGAUCCAGGCCUGUGAUGCACCUCAUGUCCUGCUUCAAGAUUCAGAGGGACUCUUUUACCACAUGGUGCAGCAGACUGGCAAACAGGAGGCAGCGGCUCUGCUCCUAACUGCUGAACGGGCUUAUGAGAACAGAACCAACCUACAGUAUGGACACACUGAUAACUUGGUCAUUUCCGAGACUCCUCUGUGAGCCCCCCUGUUGUGUUCAGUGGCUGAGUGACUGUGUUGUGAAUGACUGUAGCUAGAUCUACAUUCAGGAGCUCUCAGCCUGAGAUCAGACCACAUGGUGUUAGAUUGCAGUGAUUUUCAACACCGUCAGUCCCUCAGUGUCCACCAGGACACCAAUGUCCACAUAUGGACAACUCAUACGUACAUUCACAUGCAACCUCAUUUUUUGUGGCACCAAAAGCCCUUGGUGACUGGAGGUUUGGUUUGGACCAGAGGUCCAUGAGACAAAAGCUGCAGAAACACAGUAAAAAAGGUUUGACAGGAAAACACAACUUAUCAUUUAAACACCUUAGUCAGGUUCAGAGAUGCAGACACUGUGUGAACAUAUUUAUAACUUGAUAUAGUUCUUGUUUAUUUUUUUCUGUCAGGUUUUUUUUUCUGUGCCUGAAAUAUUUUAUUGCUGUUAAAUGCAGUCUUUAUCAGUUAUGUUUACUGUCUGUCUCAUGCAGGAUUUGUAUUAUGUUUAUUUAUUUGUUAUUUUUAAGGUUGUCAAAAAUAUAUUCUUUUAAUAUAAUUUAUUGGAGGGAAGCUAUUAAUUGAGCAUGAUUAAUCAUAAUUUAUCAUGUUUUGCUUUUUAUUUUAAGUGGCAUAAUAAAAAAGUAAAAUAAAAAAAAGAUUAAAAAAAUUAUAAACAAUGAUAAAGAACUAGAAACAGUUACGUCACUAACAACACUUCAAUAGUGUUGAGGAUAUGGUGACAAGUUGACACUGUUUUUUCCCUGCAUAUGAAUUACAAUUGGCGUCUCCCUCGUGUUAGAGAUGUCAAACGAUUUUAAUCAAUUGAUGAGCCUUCGCCCAGCAGUCUUUAUAUUAGGCACUGAUAAGCCAGUUGUCAGAUAAUUUACCCAGUGGUGUAAAUGUAAAAAAUAAGUAAGUAAAAAAUUAAAUGCAGGAAAAAACAGUCUAGUGUGGGAAACAGAUUGCCCACUAUGUUGAAUGAGAGACAGCUGUGUCCCGUGGAGCAGAGGACUCAGAAAGCGAAGGAAAUCCUUGGCCAUAUCUCACCCAGCUCUUUGUUUAUAAAUGCAAACGAGGCAAUAACUUUAUCAUGCGAUGCAAUAUGUGCAUAUUUCUGCAAUAUCUGCAUGUUUUUCAUCAAUUUAAAGCAUUUUGAUAUUUUUUUGUGAAAAUUUUUUUUUUCGAAAGUUUUUUAGUUAAAUCCUAAUUUCACGUGUCAUGUUGGUCAGAAGGUAAAUAUUGAUGACAUUUUUUGAAAUA